AUGCAAAGUUCUCGGGUCGGGUCUGGUACGGGUGGAAAAAAAAUUUUCGAAUUGGGUACGGUAUUUGGUUCGUGGUUCCUAUCUGUGGCUGUUGUUUCACGAUAUAUAACUAAUCUAAACUCGGUCUAUAAUCCACCAAUACUUAAGUCAUCAAAUGCUUGGUCACUUGAUACUAAACAGAAUGAUCGAUUAACAGUUACAAAUAACAAAUCUACUAAAAAAGUAUAUAUAAAUCGAACACACCAACCAGAUAAAAAUGAUGAGGACACAUGGACAACUGUUACUGACACAACAACACAAAGCAAUCGCUACUCUCAAUUGCAACAAAAUACCGCCCUAUACAGAUGUCAAAAUAAAAAAUUGUCCACAGUGACAUCAACUAAAAGACUAAUUUUGGAAAAGAUUCGUCAAACAUACAAAGAAAUUACCAAAGUUCUACUGUUUUAUUCAAUUGAUGAACAAAUUCACUCAAAUACACGUUCGAAAUAUAGUCAAGUAAAAUAUGCAUUACGAACAUUAUGUUUAUAUGGAUUAUUUUUAAUCAACAUUUUGAUUGUCAGUAUCGUCAUGUACACUCCGGAAGCCUAUCGUCUAGCAAACAGUUUUAAACAACACCUGAUUGAUGCACAAUUUCAAAUGGAUUUUAGUACGAUGAGCGACAGAGAAAAUGAACAGCCAGUUUUUCCAGAAAGUAUUCUAAAAUACAAGAAUAAUUUUGCUAUUAACUAUACACAAAUCAGUACUAUUGGAGAAAUUUGGCGAUUCUUAUACAAGCCAUUGAUUGACGUUUAUUUUGGAUCUUAUCGUUGGUACAAUAAACUGAUUAAUCUUAAUCGUACAAUGCGUUAUGUAUUAAAUCAUAAUUUAUUAAUCGGUAUGCCGAGGAUACGUCAAGUGCGAGUGAAAAAAGAAGAAUGUAAUGUUCAGCAAAGUUUUAAAGAUGAAAUCAAAGAUUGUUAUGUUGGUCCGCUGAAAUAUCGUUCGUUUCGAGAAAAACGAUUUGUAUUUAAAAAACGACCAUGGAAAUAUGAAAAUUCUGAUUUGACACAAAGUGCAACUUAUAGAGGAAAAUUUGCUACAUACAACGGAGGAGGGUAUGUGGUUGAAUUAGGCGCAUACAACCGAAAAAUUAAGCGUAUUAUUGAAGAAUUAAAUUAUUUACAAGCAGAAAAAUGGAUUGAUAGAGCGACACGCGCAGUAUUUAUCGAUAUUAUCACGUAUAAUCCGAGUACAAAUCUAUUUUGCUAUGUUUCUUUGGCUAUUGAAUUAUCCGCAACUGGUGGGAUAUUUCCUCAAUAUCGUAUUGAAACACGGCAAUUAAUGCGAUAUAUCACAUUACCUCAGUUUUAUGUUCUGGGAUGUGAAGUUGUUUGUGUCGUUUUUACAUUCGUUUAUUUAGCUGUGGUAAUAAUAAAAAUAGCACAAUUAAAACUAACAUCAUUGAUUCAGUUAUGGAAUAUAAUGGAUAUCAUCAUAUUGAUUUUAUCUGGUUGUGUUAUUUUAUCAAAUUUUCGACGUUUAUUUGUUGUGAAUACUGUCAUAGCCGAUCAGACAUCGGUGCAUGAUAUCGCGUUUGAUAGUAUGAUUCUAUCUGUCAUUCGUAUACAAAAUACAUUUGACACGCUAAUGGCAUUUUUAACAUCACUUGCCUUUCUUCGUAUGUUUAAAUAUGCCGAUAUUCUUAAAAAUUUAAUUUAUAUUAAAGCAACACUCAAACUAUGUAUCGGAGAUUUGCUCGGAUUUCUUACCAUGUACAUUGCCAUUUUGAUAGCCUAUGCUCAAUUUGGUAAUCUAGUAUUAGGUACAAAAAUAUCAUCAUUUUCAACUCUUGGCCAAGCGUUCGUUACAAUGUUUCGCAUUGUACUUGGCGAUUUUGAUUAUGAAAUAAUUUCUAAUGCAAGUCCUAUUAUUGGUGCACUCUAUUUUUUUAGUUACAUCUUUUUUAUUGUAUUUGCAUUACUCAAUCAAUUGUUAGCUAUUAUAAUAGAUACGUAUGAAGAGGUUAAACGACGGCGAAAAGAAUUUGAAGAACAACUACUUAUUGCACUCUGUCCAUUUUUCUAUCAACAUGUUGAACGAUUUUUUACACGAAUUCAUAUGUGGUCUAAAUUAGAACAAAUAUUUAAAAAAAUCAUGUAUAAAACACAAGAUUAUAUUACUGUACAUGAUUUAAUUCGAAAAAAAUUAAAUCAUUGGCUUCCUAAACAAGUAAUCGAUCAAUUAGAACGUGAUUUUGAAUUACAGAAACACAUAUUUCUAUCUGAACACGAUGCUAAAGGAUUUAUUGAGUUUGCUAGAGCAGAUCGUCAAUUACAAAAAGAAACGAUCAAAAAAUUGUUUAUUCAAGAAACAUCAUUAAAAUAUUUAGUUCGAGAACAGGAAUUUAGAUGGAGAGCAAGAUCAUAUUGUACAAUACAAGAGUGGAAAGUACUUAAAUAUCGUACACUUAAACUAGAAGAAUUGUUAACGUUGCUUGAAAUCAAAAUUCUAUUUACUUAUACAAAGACAGAUGAAAUUUUAAACCCGAAAAGUGAAAACAUAUCUGAAGAAACGUCAACCGCCAUGGACUCGAAUAGUACAAUGGUGAGAACUAAUGAACAACAAAGUUGA